UAAAUUUGGUUUCUUCAGCAGUCGAUGCUGUCAAGCCCGACGAGAUAAGAGUGGAGAAAGAGGAGAAGAAAAAGGGUAACAGGGCACGGUUGCUGCUUCAGUUGUCAGAAAAUGGAUACCGCACUUCACAAUUUCCCUUCUUUAUCAGUUCCCAUUUCAGUUAGCUGGUGCAAGUACAGAGUCCUCGAGUCCUUUCAACCUCAUCUCUGCAGCAGUAGCAUAAAUUUUCAAGGGAUUCGAAGGAGGAAUUCCUCUAGCAUUCCAUCUUCACUGCCUGAAACCGCAGUUUCAGUAGCUGUUGCUGCUACUGUCGUGGGUGCUGCAGCCACACUUCUCGUGAAAAGAACAAAAGCUUCCGAAGAAUCCAAGUUUCCUCAGAAAACAUGCGAGGACUGUGGUGGUUCUGGUAUAUGUUCGGAGUGCAAAGGUGAGGGCUUCGUGCUUAAGAGGCUAUCAGAAGAUAGCGCUGAGAGGGCAAGACUAACUGCAAAGAACAUGGCUACUCGAUAUACUGCAGGGCUCCCGAAGAAAUGGAGUUACUGCACAAAAUGCUCGUCUUCUCGUGCUUGCAGUACUUGCGGUGGACGUGGGAAGUUGAACUUAUAGCUGCCCUCAAAUCAUCAGCUCGUGAAACUAAGCAUUUGAGAAUUCCGGUUAGAGUAUUCUCUUUUGCAUUUGUUUUCAAGAUCCUGUAUAUAUAACCUUACGUUCGCGGGGAGGAACCAAUGAUAUCCGAACUGAUGUUCAAGACGUUUCCGCCGUGUUCAUGUUAGAUAUUAGUGCAAGGCACAUCUUCGAUCCAUCAGCCAAGUCAAAAAGACGAAGAGAAGAAAAUCUGUUUUAAAAGUCGGUUAGCGAGCUGUCACAUAUGGAUCCGAGAUAUCACAACUCAGAUAGCUUUGAUCUGUUGUUUAUGGGAAGAAAUGUAGUUCACUCCAAUAAUUCCAGCACGCUGUUUAUUUAUUUAUUUAAAAUUCCAUUAUUGAUCGUGAGUAAA